AUGUCUCGACCCAUCAGCUUCAGGACGUCAACCUGGGACGGACGCUCUCACCCCCUUGUCGGGCCCUUGGAAGCAGCUCACCUUAUGGCUGGCCCGGCUUACUAUAGGGUUGAGCGUGAACGGCUUCCUGUCACCUCUGGAGCCGGCUGUGGAGAAGGAUGCGGGAUCCCAUUUAUAUCAGGCAUACCGGUUGGAAGCCUGGAUGGUGGGAUGGAGGACGCACUGCUUCUUAUCGCAGUCUUCAUCCCCUGCAUAAAAUGCAUAGAGGUGCUGCCGAUGAUGUUUCAACUGAAUAUGGCCACAACUGGAGCCAGUCUUGCCCGAGGUAAACACCCGGAUAAUACACUCGACUGGGCAUAUCUACGUCGUUCUCUGUCAAAACAUCAUCUCAGCUUGAGACCAUGGCAACGAUCAAGACUGUCGAGCACUUUCGAGUGCCGUCCAGAUAACUCUUCAUCCAGGGCUACGAGGCAGGGUGAGUUACUGACUCUAUACUACAGAACAGACCAUAGGCUAACAUCCUUAAUGCUAGUGAUAUCGAACAUAUAUGGCGGACAGCAUGGAGACAAAGGCUUCUGCCGCGGUUGUCCAGUCAAGGCGCUCGCAAGGGUGAAACGCCAUAAAGGUGAACGCUACCGACAUCAACUGGCUCGACUCUCCACUCGACUUCACACAAAACCCCCCUAUUCAUCCAGAAACCACUGCUCUCUGAACAUCCAGAAGGCAUCAAGCAUUGCUAGCGUCGAUAUCUUCCAGCCUGAUAUCAGCCAUUCCGGCGAUAUAUCCGAAAUUCGGCGCAUCGCCGCCAUGGCCGAGACAUAUGAUGUUGCUACUGCUCCACAUUGCCCUCUGGGCCCUGUUGUCCUUGCGGCCGGUAUGCAGGUUGACUUUGUCAAUGCCGAGCUUUGUGAUGAACCUGUACAUUAUAAUACCACCGAGUCGGGAGGAGAAUAUGAUGUGACCAACUAUGGCCAGUGCGUUCGGCGUCAACGAUGGGUAUGCAAAGGCCUUGGAUGGGCCAGGCCUUGGGAUUGA